UGCUGUCAAUCAAGUGGAGUUCAGCCGGAGCUGUUAACUUGCUUCAGUCAAACACCGGCGCCGUGAAAUGAUAAGAUAAACCGUCAAUAAAUGCGUUAAAUCUCCUCAGAAACACGGCGCUGACCUUCAGGAUUCAAAAGCUGACCUGUGUGUCAACAGUCUGAUCGAGUUUUGUGGUGUUUUAAUUGACGCAGGAAAGUUUGCGAGUGAGUUUAGCGAGUUAGCGAGGUGUUGUUAGCAGCACAUAAACAACUAUAAUAAGACUAAACCGCCGUGGAGAAUAGUGUGAGAUCAGCGCCGUUUACCGACAGAAACACGCAGAAUAAAGUGUGAGAUCAGCGCCGUUUACCGACAGAAACACGCAGAAUAAAGUGUGAGAUCAGCGCUGUUUACCGACAGAAACACGCAGAAUAAAGUGUGAGAUCAGCGCUGUUUACCGACAGAAACACGCAGAAUGUGAGAGUUCAGCAAAGCCGCGAGUGCUGAUUCUGCUGCGGUCAAAAUCAACAUGAUCAUCGGCAUCUGGAGCCCAGCAGCUGCUGCCACACCAACCCUGCUGACGGAGAACACCACACCGAGCUGAGAUGGUGAUGAAGAUGAUGAUGUUCUGGCUGCUGCCCGUCUGGACUCUCCUCCUGCUGUCCUCGUCUGCUUCUUCUUCUUCUCCUCCUUCUUCUUCUGCUGCUGCUGAUUUCUCGGUGCGUUUUGGACACACUCUGCCAUCUCUCAGCCGUCCUGCAAACUCCACUCAGAUCUUCUACGGCAUCAUGUUUGACGCUGGCAGCACCGGCACACGCAUCCACGUCUACACCUUCAUCCAGAGAGAGCCAGAUGGACUGCCAGUACUGGACAAUGAAAUGUUCCACUCCAUGAAGCCCGGACUCUCCGCAUAUGCAGACAUGCCUGAGAUUGCGGGUCAUACAGUGCGUCAGCUGCUGCGAGUGGCUAAGAAGACAGUUCCUCCACUGGAGUGGAAGCGGACGCCGCUGGUGUUCAGAGCCACCGCUGGACUCAGACUGCUGCCCGCCGCUAAAGCCCAUGCACUGCUGGAGGAGGUCCAGGACGUCUUUGAUGAGUCUCCGUUUUACGUUCCUCCAGACAGCGUCAGGAUCAUGAACGGCACCAGUGAAGGGAUUUUGGCCUGGGUCACAGUCAACUUUCUGACAGGUCGACUGGAGCGAAACACAGAGAAGACAGUAGGAAUCCUGGACCUCGGUGGAGGAUCAACACAGAUCACCUUCCUGCCCAAGUCAAAGAAAACCAUUGAAGCUGCUCCGCCCGACUACAUCAGCAGAUUCCAGAUGUUCAACUGCAGCUAUCAGCUCUACACACACAGUUAUCUGGGAAACGGCAUUAAAGCUGCGCGACUGUCAGCCCUCGGGGCCCUGAAUGCAGACGGUCUGGAGAAAAAGCUCUUCCGCAGCUCUUGUUUGUCCAGAUCACACACAGCAGAGUUCAGCUUCGGUGGCGUCUCGUAUCACGUCAGCGGCGACAUCAGCGGUGUGAGGGGCUAUAAGGCGUGCUAUCAGGAGCUGGUGAAGGUGGUGAAGGGCAUCAUCAAGCAGCCGCUGGAGCUCAGGGAUUCCUCCUCCUUCUACGCUUUCUCUUAUUAUUAUGAUCACGCGGUGGAGGCCGGACUCAUCGAUGAGCAGCGUGGAGGAGCCGUGAAGGUCCGAGACUUCAGGAAAACUGCUCGACAGGUGUGUAACCGACCGGCCCGUCACACUCAGCUUAACCAGUUCCUCUGUAUGGACCUGACCUACAUCACCUGCCUGCUGAAAGACGGCUUCGGCUUCAAGGAGAGCACCGUCCUGCAGUUAACCAAGAAGGUGAGGAAUGUGGAGACCAGCUGGGCUUUAGGCGCUGCCAUCGACCACUUCCAGAAGUCCAGGAUCCACUGAAGCAAUCAAUAAUCACAAUCAAAUCCCACUCCACUCCUGAGCAUCAGUGUUUACAGCAGCCUGAUCUCCAUGGCUGAGACUGCAUUUUCACUCUUCUAGUUCAGUCUUUAUUAAAUGUACAGUUCUUAUUUUUUUUGGAAACAUUACAAGAUAUUACAGCACAGAGCACAUCAGGACAACUUACAUGACGUUUAGUCUAACAGUCCUGAUGAAUGCUAAUUAAGAUCUUGAUUAUUUAUAGUUUUACAUUGUCAUUGACCAACUAAAUCAUAGUUUGGUGCAGUAACUCAUAAUAGUGCGGUGGGUGUAACAGAUGAGGAAGAGUGUUUUAUUUUCAACAUGCCUCAGUCAGCUUGAGCUCAAAUGUACAAUAUUUAUUUCACCAGCACACAUCAUGUCUUAAAGUGAACGAUUCAUGUGUGUGAAUGACUCCCCCCUAAUAAUAAUAAUAAUAUAAUAAAUUGAUUUUAAAUCAGUUUAACUGCGCAGAAUAUUUAAAUGAAUAAAUUAUUGAAACCUGUCUGCUGAUGAUUCUGAUUGGGUGAAAUAUGCUUAGCCACGCCCCUCCAACUGUAAGUUUGCGGAGUUAAAGUGGAGCUGAAGAGUAAACCCCGCCCCUACUCUAUUCAGUCGGAAUUACUUUCAGUUGUUAAUAAACUAUUUUUAAUAAACAGCAUUUUAUUGACUGAAGCUGCACUGGGCUUCAUCUUAAAUCAG